GAUCGGAGAAGUGAGACGAGUCCGGAGGAGGGCGGGAGGCGGGGAAAUGGCCAUCGGUGCCGCUGCUGCCGGCGCUGGUUUUAGCGUCGCUUGGGGGGGCUGAUACUGAAACGUACCCGGAGGCUUGACAGCUGUUCGCUUGAGACGGCAGCAUGACGCCAGAUCUUCUGAAUUUCAAGAAGGGAUGGAUGUCCAUAUUGGAUGAGCCAGGAGAGUGGACAAAGCACUGGUUUGUGCUGACAGAUUCAAGUCUGAGAUACUACAGGGACUCCAAUGCUGAAGAGGCAGAUGAUCUAGAUGGAGAGAUUGACCUACGUACAUGCACCGAUGUGACAGAAUAUGCAGUGCAGAGGAAUUAUGGCUUCCAGAUACAUACUAAAGAUGGUGUUUUUACGUUAUCUGCAAUGACAUCAGGAAUCCGUCGGAAUUGGAUUGAGGCUCUAAGGAAGAGUAUUCGUCCAGUCAGUGUGCCUGAUGUCACAAAGCUAUCUGACUACAACAAGGAAAACUCAUUCCGCAGCAACAAAUCACCCAAGAGCUCCUUCAGAACCGAGCUGCAGCCCAACACUGGAAGUGAGGUGAUAUCCAGACCGGGCCGCAGGAAGGCUGAAGCGCGGUACCAGGCUUUUGACUAUGUUGAGCUAUCCCCCUUACAACAGGGGUCAGCUUUAAAUCAGGGGUCCCCACAGCAGCCAAGAGGGAGCACAAGAACUGCAGAUGGAGCAGCCAAGCGGGAGGAGCUGGAGCGGGACCUGGCCCUCCGCUCAGAGGAGAGGCGCAAGUGGUUUGAGUCUUCAGUCAGUGGGGGCCUGCAAACAGAUGGUCCAACAGAGGAUCCCUGUCCUAAGAAACCUCCAGGGAUUCCUCUUACUGAAGCUCAGAGGAGUCGGCUGAGUGAAGAGAUUGAGAAGAAGUGGCAGGAGCUGGAACGUCUGCCUCUAAAAGAGUCCAAGCGGGUCCCGCUGAUGGCACUGUUGAACCAGGGCAAAGGGAACCGUGAGGAUGCAAGUGAGGCACUGGAGAAAGAGGUCCAAGUCCUGAGGUCACAGCUGGAGUCCUUGCAUUCCCACAGUGAAGCAAACCUCCAUAAAAAUGGGCACGUGCCCCAAGGAUACAUUUCUCAGGAGGCAUGUGAGCACAGUUUAGCAGAGAUGGAAACUUCCCAUCAACAGGUCAUGGCAGAACUACAGCGGCACCACCAGUGGGAGAUGGAGCGGUUGCGGCAGGAAAAGGAGCGUCUUCUAUCCGAGGAGGCAGCUGCAACAGCUGCAGCAAUUGAAGCACUGAAGAAGGCACACAGGGAGGAAAUGAACAAGGAGUUGGGCAGAACACGCAACUUUCAGAAAGGAUUUUCAAAUCCAGAUGCACUCCAGCAACAGCAUCGGUCUGAUGUGGAGUCUCUGAAGCGGGAGUUGCAGGUGCUUUCAGAACAGUAUUCCCAGAAGUGCCUGGAGAUUGGGGGCCUGGUGCAAAAGGCAGAAGAUCAGGAACAAAUGCUGCAGCAUUGUCAACAGGAGGGGAAAGAACUGCUUCGGCAAAACCAGGAGUUACAGAGGCGUCUUUCAGAGGAGAUUGGCCAGUUACGGGCCUUCAUCGCUGCUCGGGGCUCACAUGAUGGUGCUUCACAUAAUGAAAGGAGUUCUUGUGAGCUAGAGGUGCUUCUCCGAGUGAAGGAGAAUGAACUCCAAUAUCAGAAACAAGAAGUCCAGUGUCUGAGGGAUGAACUCCAAAUGAUGCAGAAGGACAAGAAGUUUGCCUCAGGGAAAUACCAGGAUAUCUAUGUGGAGCUGAAUCACAUCAAGCAGCGGUCAGAACAAGAGAUUGAACAGCUGAAGGAACAUCUGCGCCUGGCCAUGGCAGCCCUAGAAGAGAAAGAGAUGCUGCACAACAGUACUGGUAAAAGACCAGCACGCUUGCACUAAAGACAUAUGUCACGUAAAGUGGACCUAGCCAUGCUGCAAAGGCAGAAGGCGUUUGGGGGUCUCUUUUUCUCCAGCGGCAGAGAUGCCAGUUGUAUUGGAUAUCUCGCUGAUUGCUCGGCAGAGCUCAGAAUCUUUCUCCCUGCCACCACUGCCUCCUCUUCUCUCCCCCAUUCUGUGGGAUGCCAGAGGAGAAAUGUAUAAGCAAACUGCUUGCAGAAGGCUCCAUGAAAUCAGGCGGAAAGCCACAGGUUGGUCCCCAUUACUGUAUAGGUCUGGGCGAGCUCAGUUUCAUUCUGCAUCUAAAAUAAGUUUACAAGUCAAGGCUGUUACAGCUACAGCAUAUAAAUUGUCAUCUCCAAGACACUCUAAAUCUUCCAUCAUUCUUAGCAUGGCCACAAGUCCCGCUACAUAUGAAGGACAUACUUUUUGAACAUAAUUCAAUUUCUUAAUUCUGCUUCUUUCUUUGUUCCAUAGGUUAGUUACCCUUCUGUGCACCACUUUGGGGAAUAAAGCAGCAUUCCUCUCCAGGAACACAGGGCGACCCUCUAUCAGAAUAGCCAUCACAUGCGUCUGCAUAACUUGGGCAUGUUUUGGGCUGGAUCCUAUUGCUAGCACCUUUUGGGGACUUUAUAUAUGAAAAUAAAUUUUAUAUUUUGGGGGAUGGGGGGAUAUGUUUUAAAAUUUUAUACUUAAGUUUUCCCAGCAGUUAACCACAAAGGUGGACCAGAUUUUUCUCCCUAAAGUUCCUUUAGACCUAAUUGUUCCUUCUCCCAAAUAUUUAGUUGUAUUUACAAUAAAAGUGUCUAUCUGCUUCCAAUUUUCUUCAAGUGGAGAGACAAUAUCACACACCCUGCAACUUCAGGAUGUAUAAGGUUGCUUCACAGCAGUCCGUGUUUGCAAUAUGCUGUGCCGAAAGAAUGUUGUAUCAGUUACUUUGUCAAUGGAACUGGUUUGUCCAAAGACCAUGCAGAGUUUAUGUUUAGAAUCUUUGAGUACCAAUUGUUUUCAAAACAAUGGAAGAUUUUUUUAAACAUGUUGAUUAAAUGUUUUUGCAUCCCAUUGUAAAUUCCGUCUUCAUCCCCAAAGCUUGUGUUCAACUGAUGUGUUCUCAUGGGGAGAAAUUUCACUGCUGAUGUUGCCAGAGCCAAACAAUGAAGGCGGCUGAUUUUCUUUAUUUCUGCAGAGUUAACUUAAUAAAAUC